GAAGUGCAACAGCGAGCAUUUCCCCCGCCAAAAGCCGGGUGUACAUACGACAAAUAAAGGACGGCAUAAGAACGAAUUAGCCCUGAAUCACAAUGUCUGAAUCAGAGCCAGAACCAGACAGUGGUCCUGAGGAUGAACCAAUGGAUCAAUCUCCAAUGCCAGGUCCGUCUGUGCUGUUGAAGUCACCACCUAAAAGAGGGGGAGAGGAUAAUGAAGAAUUUGAAGAGAAGAUUCAAAAUGACAGAAGCAAUCGUUUUGACUUCUUGCUUCAACAAACUGAGCUCUUUGCUCACUUUAUGUCAACUGGGACCAAAACAGGGGCUGUUGCACCGACAAGUCCCCUCAAGAUGAAGCCAGGCAGGCCAAAGGUCAAGAAGCUGGAUGAGAAGGCUAAGCUUGUUGCUGCAGGAGAUAGUCACCGGCAUCGCAGAACCGAGCAGGAGGAGGACGAAGAGCUAUUGUCUGAAAGUCGAAAGACAACAGCCGUCCUCACCAGAUUCGAAUCAUCCCCUUCGUACAUUAAAACAGGAGAAAUGCGAGACUACCAGGUUAGAGGCCUGAAUUGGAUGAUCUCCCUAUACGAGAAUGGCAUCAACGGAAUCCUUGCAGAUGAGAUGGGUUUGGGCAAGACUCUCCAGACAAUAUCCCUGCUGGGUUACAUGAAGCACUACCGUAGCAUCGCCUCACCUCAUCUGGUCAUCUGCCCCAAGUCCACUCUACAUAACUGGAGGAACGAGUUCAACCGAUGGUGCCCCACGCUCAGAGCUGUCUGUCUCAUUGGAGACCAGGCACAAAGGGCUGCAUUUAUCCGUGACACUCUAAUGCCUGGCGAGUGGGAUGUGUGUAUCACCUCAUACGAGAUGGUCAUUCGAGAAAAGUCGGUAUUUAAGAAGUUCAACUGGAGGUAUCUUGUCAUUGAUGAAGCUCACAGAAUCAAAAAUGAAAAAUCCAAGCUUUCUGAGAUUGUGCGAGAGUUCAAAUCGACAAACCGCCUCCUGCUCACAGGGACUCCGCUGCAGAAUAAUCUGCACGAGUUGUGGGCACUUCUUAACUUCUUGCUCCCUGACGUCUUCAACUCAUCUGACGAUUUUGAUUCUUGGUUUAAUGCCAACAAUUGCUUCGGAGAUGUUGCCUUAGUUGAAAGACUUCAUGCGGUGCUUCGACCUUUCUUGCUGCGACGUAUCAAGUCAGAGGUGGAGAAACGAUUGCUUCCUAAGAAGGAAACCAAGAUCUUUGUUGGUUUGGGCAAAAUGCAGAGAGAAUGGUACACAAAGAUUCUGAUGAAGGACAUUGACAUUGUGAAUGGAGCUGGCAAGACAGACAAGAUGCGACUCCUCAAUAUUCUCAUGCAGCUGAGAAAGUGCUGUAAUCACCCCUACCUGUUUGAUGGGGCUGAGCCGGGUCCCCCGUACACCACGGAUUACCACAUUGUAGAAAACAGCGGAAAGAUGGUCAUCCUUGACAAGAUGUUGCCCAAACUCAAGAGAGAAGGGUCACGGGUGUUGAUCUUCAGUCAGAUGACCCGUAUGUUGGACAUCCUGGAGGACUACUGCUACUGGAAGCAGUAUGACUACUGUCGUCUCGACGGAAGCACUCCCCACGAAGAGAGACAGAAUUCCAUCAAUGACUUCAACAUGCCUGACAGCAAGAAGUUUGUCUUCAUGUUGAGUACGAGGGCUGGCGGUCUUGGCAUCAACCUUGCUACUGCCGACAUUGUCAUCUUGUUCGACUCUGACUGGAAUCCCCAAGUUGAUUUACAGGCUAUGGACAGAGCUCAUCGUAUUGGUCAGAAGAAGCAGGUGAAGGUGUUCCGUUUCAUCACCGAGAACACAGUGGAGGAACGUAUUGUGGAGAAAGCUGAAAUGAAACUGAGGCUUGAUAACAUCGUCAUUCAACAAGGUCGUCUGCUGGAUCACUCGGCCAACAAGCUUGGUAAGGACGAGGUGUUGAGUAUGAUCAGGCACGGUGCUAGUCACGUAUUUGCGUCGAAAGACAGUGAAAUCACAGAUGAAGACAUCGAAUCCAUCAUCGAGAAGGGAGAGCGAAAGACUGAAGAAAUCAACGAGAAGUUUGAGAAGUUGGGCGAGGGAAGUCUGCGGACGUUCACCAUGGAGUCCCAGGAGAGUGUCUACAAGUUUGAGGGAGAGGAUUAUCGUGACAAGCAGAAGUUGGGCAUAGGCCACUGGAUUGAGCAGCCCAAGAGAGAAAGGAAAGCUAAUUACGCUGUGGAUGCAUACUUCCGAGAGGCGCUACGUGUCAGCGAGCCUAAGGCUCCCAAGGCACCACGUCCCCCAAAGCAACCCAAUAUUCAGGACUUCCAGUUCUUCCCUCCCCGGCUUUUCGAGCUGCUCGACAAGGAGAUCUACUUUUACCGAAAAACUAUAGGCUACAAGGUACCGAAGAACCCAGAUCUGGGGUCAGAUGCUGACAGAGUUCGUAAGGAAGACCAGAUGAGGAUUGACGAGUCAGAACAGUUGAACGAUGACGAGAUAGGAGAGAAGGAAGACCUCCUCAAACAGGGUUUCACCAACUGGACCAAGAGAGACUUCCAACAGUUCAUCAAGGCAAAUGAAAAAUAUGGACGUGAUGAUGUUGAAAGUAUUGCAAGAGAAGUGGAAGGCAAAACACCAGAAGAGGUGAUUGCCUAUUCAGCGGUCUUCUGGGAACGAUGUAAUGAGCUCCAGGAUAUUGAGAGAAUCAUGGCACAGAUCGAGAGGGGAGAGGCCCGAAUCCAGCGGAGGAUCAGCAUCAAGAAAGCCCUCGAUGCCAAGAUGGCCCGCUACCGAGCUCCAUUCCAUCAGCUGCGUAUCCAGUACGGAACGAACAAGGGCAAGAACUACACCGAGGAGGAAGAUCGGUUCCUGGUGUGCAUGUUGCACAAGCUGGGCUUCGACAAGGAGAAUGUGUACGACGACCUCCGCCAGGCAGUCCGACAGGCUCCUCAGUUCCGAUUUGAUUGGUUCAUCAAGUCAAGGACUGCUAUGGAGUUACAACGUCGUUGCAACACCUUGAUCACACUGAUUGAGAGAGAGAACAUGGAACUGGAGGAGAGAGAGAAGGCGGAGAAGAGGAAGGGACGGCCAAAAUCAGGAACACCCAAGAGUCAGAAGCGGAAGGCAGAUGGUACGCCUGACGGACGAGGCCGGCCCAAAAAGAAGAAACCAUGAGGACAUGUGUGUUAGAAGUGAACUAUUUAUCGGUUGAGUUUACUGCUAAUGGCCUGGUGACUAGUAUCAGCCAGUCUGCUUCUGGUCAGACCUGCAUUUAUGUUGUAAAUCAUUGUCUCUCAUAUCUCAAUGAUAACUUCAGAAUUCUGGAAGAGAUGAAGGAAGACAUGUCACAACAUUGAUGUCCAGCCAAGCACCUGUCAUUAUUGUCGUAUGUGCUUAGUUAUGUUGUGUGUGCGGGAGAUUUUCAUCAUGGUAUUGUGCAGUUGCCAUGGUAAUGAAACUAAUUUCGACUAACUGUGACUUAAUAUCAUAAAAACUUAAGCAAAAAUGUAAAUUUUCUUAAAGUAUAACAUGGUAUUUAGUGGAUACUAAUGAACAAGUCUUGUUGAUUCCAAGGAAGUGUUUCAUUAAUGUAAGACAUUCAUCCAACAUUCUUGAUUUACAUAAAAGAUCACUUUCUUAUGUCAAGCGAACCAUUACAAAUGGAUGUUACUUUCAGUCAGAAAAACUUGCUGGGUCCGGUGUGAUGUCCAAGUUUUACUGUCUUAUCACCUCUUUCACAAGCGUUGAACAUUUUAGGUUAACAUUUAAUAUUUCAAUUUUAUAUUUUGUAAAUAUUGUGUAAUUUUAGGCUUGUUGAUUAUUUAUGUCUGUUAGCUAUACGUUUUGUAUGUGAUCUGUCUGAGACGAGGGAGAAGCUCCAAUUGUGAAUUCUGUUCAUUAAUGUGUGAUGUGCACCAGUAUCACUGUACCAUUCAUCAUGGCCAUAUUCAUGGAAAAGUAAUUUGGUAUCAUGUUUUGAGAAUAAAAGGUCUCAUAUAUCAAA